AUGGCGUCUCCGAGACCCAUGAAGCACAUCCCGCGCCAGGAUCUAUACACAAAUCUCGAGGCCCGGAUUCUCUAUCUACACUCAUUCCUCGACUUUUCCAGCCGCGACAUCGAGGCCUUGAUAACCGGCGCCAAAUAUGUCAAGGCCCUGAUCCCGGCUAUUGUCAACAUCGUCUACAAGAAGCUGCUGCAGUACGACAUCACCGCCCGCGCCUUCACCACUCGGAGCACAUCGUUCGAGGGCCCCGUCGAUGAAAUGCCCGACGAGAACAGUCCGCAGAUUCUCCACCGCAAAAUGUUUCUGCGGGCCUACCUGAACAAACUGUGCUCCGAUCCGAGCAAGAUGGAGUUUUGGGAGUACCUAGACAAGGUCGGCAUGAUGCACGUCGGUCUCGGCCGCAAGCAUCCCCUGCACGUCGAGUACGUGCACCUGGGCGCCUGUCUCGGCUUCAUCCAGGACAUCAUGACCGAAGCAAUCCUAUCCCACCCUCGACUGCACUUGCAGCGCAAGACGGCGCUCGUAAAGGCCCUCAACAAGGUGAUAUGGAUCCAAAACGAUCUCAUGGCCAAAUGGCACGUCAGAGAUGGCGCCGAAUUCGACACGGGGGACUCGGACAUUGAAGUCGAACGCGAAGGGUAUCUGCACGGUAAGAAGAUUCUUAGCGAGGGUUUGGAAGAUAAGGCAGAUAUCGCAGGCCCUAGCGUCGGCAGCGGAGGCGCAGCGCCUCGCGACGGCAUCUGUCCGUUUUCCGGCGCAAGCAUAGUCGAGCCAGCCGUCCCCACGGAGGCGAUGGAGUCUGUGGGAAUAAACAAUGUCAAGACAUGA